AUGUCGCUGCCACCCGCGUCGCCUUCGGACUCACAGCCCGUGCGGUCGACGUCUAAGGCGUCGAAGUUAUCAAAGCAGCUGAAGACUCAGCUGGAGCCUGAGCUCCUCCGCGCAGUGCCGCUGCACCGAGCCCUGGCGGGCUGGGGCAGGCACUGGGAGACACCGGACAGUGGUAUGUUUAAUGUGGAUCCAAAGAACUACAAGCUUAGCCAGCCAAGCAAAUCCGUGGACGUGUUCCUCAGCCAUGACUGGGCCUCGAAUGGAAAGCAAAAGUUCUUGUCGCUGCUCAUCGUGUACAACUCACGUGCUGCUUUUUUGGCAUGCCUUGCGGUCAGCAUCCUUGUGGGCAUGCUGCGUGGCUACAGGGUGCUGCCAGAUGAGGGCUGGACUGUGGUGAUUGGUCAUGGCAGCUAUCUGUUGGUGUUUCUCUUCUGGCAGCGCUUGCGGACGCUUGUUUGCAGACCUUUAACUGUAUUCCUGGACAAGCUCUGUGUGGCUCAGCAUGAUGAAGAGUUGAAGCAGAAAGGCAUCGAAGGCAUCGCCGCCUUUCUUCUGAGCUCCCAGCAGCUCAUGGUUUUGUUGACACCACGGUACUUCACUCGUCUUUGGUGUUUGUUAGAAAUGGCCACAUUCAUGAAAGAUUCGGAGCGGCAGAGGAGCAUCCAUGUCAUGCCCUUGAAGACAGCAGUUCUAUUUCUUCUGGCUUCCGGAUGUUGGUUUUUUUUGGCCAUCUGCUGGAACGUGUCUUCAGCAGUUAUCAGACCCAGUCUCGUAGGAUCUGCAAAAUCUGCCGAAAUGUGGAGCCAGGUGCCGAUUUUGGCCGGGCUUAUGCUCCUCCUUUCGGGUGCUUUGCUACCCUUUGUGUUCUACUUGGGCAUGGGUCUCGUUGCGGAUUUAGAACAAAUUCCUCGUCAACUGGCAAACUUCCGAUUGGACGACGCGAAGUGCUUCUGUUGCUCGAAUAACCAUCGGCACCCGCACAACGGAUCUCGGCUGCAAUGCGAUCGGAAGCUGGUAUACAACACCUUGAAGCAGUGGUACGACGAUGUGGAAAGCAAGGCUGAUCAUUUGGAAACGUUCAGCAGGCUGGUUCGUGAGGAGUUAGCCCCGAGCAUCGCACUGCUCGUUGGUGGCGUGACAUUGCCCCUUUCCUAUACCGUUUUCACUGUCGGCGCGAGCAAUCUGCCUUACCUCGCAGAUCAUUUCGCACUGUGGAUUGCCAAUGUGCGCUCGGGCAGCUCCGGCUAUGCUCUUUUCGCCUUCACUUUGCGGCAAGUCGCUGACUGGGGGACGGUUCCGUUGGCCAGCAUGUUGGCCGUGUGGAUCUCCAAUCCUUUGUUGAAGGCAGGCCUCCGGCUGCGAAGCCGUUGGUGUGCCACCAUCGUGACGCAAUCUAUUGUCGUUUUUGUAGUGGUCAUGGUAUGGGCUCCUACGCAACUCGUCCUAGGCUUGACAGAACAGGGUGACUUGCGUCCUGUGGCACUGUUCCUCUUCUGGCUAGCAGUGCUCUUGGCGCUCCAUUCCCCAUUGGGCACAAGGGGUUUGGCCUCGGCUUUGGGCGAGAAGCCCGGGACGAUAGCAGCCAAGGGCAAGGAGGACUCUGCUAUGGAUGACAUCGUGCAGGAAAAGACAGUGGCAGCGGGCAUGGGUCGAGAAGUGGCCGUGCAAGAAAGCCUGGCAGUCGAAGCAUGCCCCUCUUCGGAAAGCGCUUUCUACAUUUGA